CAACUUCGCAAGUCCCUAAAGCUCCCGAACGCCCCUGCCAACAAAAAGUCGCGAAACCUCAUCCCUAAAUCUUUUUGGCGAUAUCUUGCGCGAAUGCACUGCGCAAAACAACCCGUAUACCCGAAAAGACCUGCGAACCCUCAAAAGGAGAUCGACUGGCCACCAAAAUGUACGACGGGGGCUACCAGCCCACAUCGCGCUCCGCGUCGCGAGACGGCGGGGGCUACCGGCGACGCCCCGACCAGAGAGAGGGCGAAUCCCGCCGACAAUCGAGCAUAAACCCCCAUAGGGAAUCAAGAAGCUUGAACUACGAUGACGAGCCCCGCUUUGACGACCGCGGCAGAGACCACCACUCGAGUCGCUGGAGCGAUAGAGGUAGAAGAGACUCCUAUUCGGGUGCCCCAUCAUACGACUACAGGGAGACCUCUUCUGGCGGACCGCCCGAGGAAGGAGAAUGGGUCGAGAGCGAACAGCCAGUCCAGCAUGACAGAAGAGGGCGUGGCGAUGGCCGUUUCUACAAUCGCGAGCGCAGCCAGAGCCCCCGAAAUUACCGCUCUGGGAGCCAUAACCGUGGCGGACAUCAUUUGAAGGGACACCCUGGCGCGCCAGCAAAGACCAUUAUCUUGGAGGGCCUCCCUCAAGAGGCGAACGAACAGUUUGUUUUGCUUGGGCUCGACUUUGUCGCCCAAGACCAACGUUUUUCGGACGAUAAAGUGAAGAUCGCCCGAUUUAACUACGAUGACGCCGGUCCUCGGAUCGCGUACGUCGAAUUCUAUCGCGCCGCGGAUGCGAAAGAAUUUGCAGGAAACCACCAAGACGAAGUAUCAUUUCCUCUAGUCCCCUCCCGGGGCCUCGAGUCUGAGUCUAUUAAAGUUCGUGUGAGCCUCAGUAGUAACCGUAACCAGGGAAGAGCAGACGGCAAUUGGGACUGCACUCGGUGCCAUGCUAGCAAUUCCUCACGUCAAACAAGUUGCAACAGUUGCCAUUCCGUUAGGCCCGAUAAUCAUUGGAAUGAUGAUUAUCAUGGUCAGGGCCACGGCCGUACCGAAUAUGGGUAUGAGCAAGACACUACCUCCCAAGGUCGACUCUUGACAGGCGAAUCGGAUGCGUCGCCCGAAGCAUCUCCGUUCCUUGUACUUAUGGGACUUGGAGUUUCUAUCACCGAGGAUGUCCUCGCUGAUGGUGUCAUGAAAUUAUUCAUCGACCCCGUCCAGGAUCAACCGAAAGAGGCUUCGAAUCCAAUAAACAAACUCAAGUCGACAGCUCCAACCAACAGUACCGUCGGCCUUGGCGCAAAACCCGGCUCGUUGCGGCGUGUGUUCCUCAUGCGCGACCGCAAAACAACCGAAUCCCGGGGAUAUGGGUUUGCUGAAUUCGCAUCGAAGGAAGAUGCUUCGGCCGCGAUUGCCAAGUACCGCGCUUCUAGCAGUUUCACGAUUACCUCAAAGAGUGUCACUAUUGCGUUUAGUCAUCUCGGUGCUUUUGUGCCACCGUCGCCGACCGAACCCCAAGCCUUCACCUUUCCCAAUAUAUACAACCCAGAUCAACCACUGAAAUACUGGAAUAACUUCCUAUACCCAGGUAUCAAGGUGGUUUCGGAACCCCCUGUCUUGGAGGCCCCAAGCCCCGAGAAACGGGCCGAAGACCAAACUUCGGCCGGUAUGGGUGCAAUGCGUGGAACCAACGCAAAGAAGCCCAAGAAGGAUAAGGAGUCUGUCAAGGUCAGCAUGAUCCCGCAAAUUCGAAUGUGGACGAAGAAGUCAGCCGAGUUGCACAGCGCCCAUAAGCAAUCCACCCUGGAUGAAACCACUGAUAAAAGCGCUGAUGCGCUCAUUUCUGCCGGCCCAACUGACAGCACUGAUGAUGUUCAAGUCGAUGGCCCGUUGGAUCCUCAUUGGAAUGACAAGUACAUUUCUUAUGCGGAUUGGGAUACGCUAACGUGUCUCGUCUGCGACUGGAAGCCUCUGCCAGAGGAGACCAUGGUUGAGCUCGGAUAUUCCGCGGCCCACCGGGAAGACUUCCUAAUGAGCCAUGAAGUUCGAGUACACGACCAUUACAAAGACCCCGAGGUCAAGGAAAAGGCGGCCGCGAAACUCGCCGCUCUAGGCAAGCAGGCACGAACUAUUGUGCGUCGCACCCCACGCCUCAAGUCUGCGCCCCUCCCUGUCUACGUCUCCUACGCGGAUUUUGAUGCCCUCCGCUGCCAUCUCUGCCGACGUAACUUCAAGAAUAUACCGACCAUUUGGCGCCAUGAGCAGGAGAGCGAGCUGCAUAAGCGCAUACUUGCGGACCCUAAAAAUAAGGAACGCGCCACCGCCGAGCUCCUCGCAAAAGGGAAAACCACGCCUACCAUGGUUCCGGACAGCAAUAUGAAGCAGCAGCAGAUGCAGUACCGCGACCGUGCCCAAGAGCGCCGCCAGGCUUUCAGACAGCCAAACAAACCAGCUGGUCAGCAUCAGCCUGCCGCUGAGAAGCGCAAAGAGCCAUCAUCCGAGAUGGAAGAGAGCUCGGUAGCCAAAAUAUCAAAAGGCGCCGGCAUCCUCGCCAAGAUGGGGUGGACGGAUGGCGCCGGGCUCGGUGCCGAGGGUGCAGGCAUAACCCAGGCUCUAGUCACAGAUGCCUACGCUCCCGGCGUUGGCCUGGGCGCCGAGGGCGGCAAUCUUGGUGACGCAGCCCAAGAAGCGGCGCGCAAGACCCGCGGUAACCCCUUUGACUUCAUUGAGAAGACCCGCGACAAGGCGCGGGAGCGAUACUACGAGACCAAGGAAUAGAUGGGUAUCAAAAGAAAAUUUGUAUGGGUAUUGUACUUUUUGAGUUGGGCGCGGCCGGGACUGGGAUGGGGUGGUGUCUGGAAUGAUCUUGUAAGAGUAGUGUUGGUGUUUUAAUGGGUAGGAUUAGUCGUUGCAGGCCGUUAUAUACCCUCUCAUAUUAUAAUUUUGCAUUUCCCACUCGGUAGGGCCGUCC